AUGGCUAAUGACAUUAAAGUUACCCCUUUAGGAGCUGGACAAGAUGUUGGCAGAAGUUGUAUUCUUCUAAACUUUUCAUUUAUAAGUCCAGAAGGCCCCAUAACAAAUUUCAUUGAUUGCGUUAUUAUAUCCCACUUUCAUUUAGACCACUGCGGAGCUUUACCUUAUCUUACUGAAAUGGUUGGCUACAAUGGUCCUAUAUAUAUGACUCACCCUACUAAAGCAAUAUCUCCUAUACUUUUAGAAGAUAUGAGAAAAAUUUCUGUCGAAAAAAAAGGAGAAGUAAAUUUUUUCACAUCUCAAAUGAUAAAAGACUGCAUGAAAAAAGUUAUUACUGUAACACUUCAUCAAUCUAUCAUGGUUGACAGUCAGUUAGAAAUUAAAGCUUAUUAUGCAGGUCAUGUUUUGGGAGCAGCUAUGUUUUGGAUUCGUGUUGGAAAUUUGUCAGUUGUUUAUACAGGAGAUUAUAACAUGACUCCAGAUAGGCAUUUAGGUGCUGCUUGGAUUGAUAAAUGUAGACCUGAUUUGCUCAUAACUGAAUCUACCUAUGCUACAACUAUAAGAGAUUCAAAACGAUGCAGAGAAAGAGAUUUUUUGAAAAAAGUUCACGAGUGCAUUGAAAAAGGUGGAAAAGUUCUCAUUCCUGUAUUUGCACUUGGCAGAGCACAAGAACUAUGCAUUUUGUUAGAAACAUAUUGGGAACGAAUGAACCUUAAAGUUCCUAUAUAUUUUGCAGUUGGUCUUACUGAAAAAGCCAAUAAUUAUUAUAAAAUGUUUAUUACAUGGACCAAUCAAAAAAUUAGAAAAACUUUCGUUCAGCGCAACAUGUUUGAUUUUAAACAUAUAAAACCUUUUGAUAGGUCCUACAUAGAUCAAGCAUGGCCCAUGGUGGUGUUUGCAACUCCUGGAAUGUUACAUGCUGGAUUGUCGUUACAAAUUUUUAAGAAAUGGGCACCAAACGAAAACAAUAUGGUCAUAAUGCCGGGGUUUUGUGUCGCCGGUACGGUAGGACAUAAAAUUCUUAGUGGCCAAAAAAAAAUAGAAUUUGAAAAUAGGCAAAUUGUUGAUGUGAAAAUGUCAGUUCAGUACAUGUCUUUUUCUGCACAUGCUGAUGCAAAAGGCAUUAUGCAAUUGAUACAGUAUUGCGAACCAAAAAAUGUACUUUUGGUUCAUGGUGAAGCUGCUAAAAUGGAAUUUUUACGAGAUAAAAUUAAGCAAGAAUUUCAUAUUAACUGUUAUAUGCCAGCAAAUGGUGAAACGUGUACUAUAGAUAUUCCCCAUAAAAUUCCAAUUGACAUUUCUCUUAACUUGUUAAAAAGUGAAUCUCAAGCUUAUAAUGCUCUUCUACCGAAUUUAAGUAAAUCAAGGAUCCUUCAUGGAGUUCUAGUAAAUAAGGAACAUUCAUUAUGUUUAAUGAAUGUUGAAGAUGCCUGUAAAGAAGCUGGAGUGACCAGACAUAUUAUUAGGUUUACAUCUACCGUUCGCAUGGAAGAUCCGAGACCGCCAAAUAAAAUAGCAGAAAAAUUACUUAAAAUAGUUAAAGAAAAAUUAAAAAAUUAUUCAAUUCAGUUUACAGACAGUUCUAUAUCAGUUGAAACAGUUUUAAUAAAGGUUGAAGGUGAUGAAGAUGAUAGAAAAUGCGUUUAUGUAUCAUGGACCAAUCAAGAUGAAGAUUUAGGGAGCUACAUUUUGAAUCUGUUACAAAAUUCAACUCAAUAA